AGCCAUGCCUAGCAACGAAGAAUUGUUGAUUACUCGAGUCGACGAAUUGACGAAGGAGCUGAGCUAUGUCAUCGAAGAACGAGAUGCUGCAGACGACGAGCUCAACCGGUACGAUACCAGUCGAGAGAUUAUUGCAAAGGUCUUGAGCAAGGCCAAAUCCACCGCCGAUCGAUCACAUGUCAUUCGACUGCAAUUAUGGACAAUGCUCGGCCAAAAACAAGCCGAAAUCGAAAGGCAAGAGUCUGACGGAGUAAAUGCAACCAGCAUUCAACGGUCAAUCUGUCGCUCUUCUCGAAUCAAGAUAUCAGGAUACCGCGAGAUCUUAGCCAACAAACAGGUUGAGAUCGAAGAUUUGAAAGCCUCGUUCGACCGUCAGACUGAUGCUCUUGGACUGGAACAAGAACGAGUUCGGCAACUCGAAAUCAAACUGGAGACGGCCAAGCAAGAAAAUGAGUCGUUUAUCUUGGAGGCAAACAUUAUCAUCAAUCAACAAAUGGAAGAGAUAUCGAAAGGACACCAGCUCUUUGAUGACUUGCUCGAAAGGACAAAUACGAUUAUAGGCCAUCAUAACAAGAAUCUGAACGAUACGAAGAAGAGGCACCGAAAGCUCAGACGGAGUUUUAGAUCCAAGAUUGUCAGCCUUGAGUCGAAGCAUUCCGAGGUCUGCCGUGAGAAAGAGUCGGAAUUUCUCGACCAAAUGGGUGAAUUGACAGCGGAGAUUGAAGCCUGGAAAGAUGAUACCGGAAAGAUCGAUCGAUUGACCAAAGAAAGAGAUGACGCCCGUAAGAACGCCAAACUCUAUGUUGAGCGAGAGAGGCUGGUAGACGGUCAUCAGCUGAACUUCACAUUGUCGAGCCGCAACCAUUACAAAGAACAGAUCGACGCUCUGGAAUCUCAUUUCGGCUCGAAUUAUGCCGAGCAGAUCAAUCGCCUCGAACAAGGAUACGACGCAUGUAUGUCGGUCAUGGAAUCGUUGGAAUCGCAGCUUGGAGUUAAUUACCAAUAUGCAAUCGAUGAGAUGUGUGGUAUCAUCCAACACUUGAAGCGGAGAUUCGGCGAAGAAUACCUGAAUAGGAUUUCCGAGAUCGUUGAGAUCAACAGAUCUCGAAGUUCAGACCUGAGAGGCCUGGAGUUGCGUUUCGGACCAGAUUAUAUUACCAGGAUACAUGGCAUGCAUGACACCGACCGAGAGCUGAGAAAGAUGUUUGGCGAUGACAUAUUGGGUAAAAUUGCCGACCUUAUCGAAAGCAACACCAGUCAACGCGCGGAGAUGAUCACACAGAAGGCGAAUUGGACCAAGGAGGCCAAGAGAAUUGAGCAAGAGAGGCAGAAAAAGGAGCAAAGCGAGAAAGAUGAUAGAGAAGUCACAAGAGCAAUGCAAGAGAAAGAGCAGAAAGAAAGGUCGAACGAAGAAAUUGUCAGAACAAACCAUGAAAAGGAGGAGGAGAAACAGAAGAUCAUCAAGACUAAAAACGAACAAAUAUCAGCACUACAAGAGGACAAAGCAAGACUUAUCGAAGAACUGGCUCGAAGAGAGCCGAUCGCCUCGAAAACUUCGACUGGAGCCAGACGAGACACUGUCCUGGCACAGUUCAUCGAUGAGAAUGAGACUCGAGACUCUCCUGUCCAGCCGGAAAAACGAAUCGACCUGAAAGACAGUCGCGCUGAGUCUCGCCUGAGAGAAGCAACGUUUGACUUCUCGUUGGUAAUCGAGGAUGAUCGUCCAGAUGCCGCCUGUUCGCCGAUUCAUAAAUUCCGUACCGUAUCAUCUUCGAAUGAAAUCGAAGUCGAAGAAGACUCUCGGCCGUCGGUCGAUGUGAUGCAACAAGAUGCAUCACCCACAGUCGUGAAAGACGACGACGUCAGACAUGUCGAUCAAGAUGAUAUUGAACGAGAGAACACGGUGAGGAUGACCGAAAGUCUACCACGUCACGAGCAAGAUACGGUUAUGCAGAGCAUCGAAGAGACUCCGCCUGUAGACGCCGCCAAAGAAUCCAGCGAAGGACCACUGAGAUCGCGCGGCAAGAAACGACAGGCGGUCGACUCGGCUUCGAUCGCGAUGACGAGGCCACGUCGUCAAAAGACAGUGAAAGUCGAGGCAGUCUCCGCCGAACUUGGAUCCGACUUCAUCUUUACCGAAGACAAAUUGACGAAAAGCGACGGUUCGGCGCUCGAAGCAUCAACACAGGCGGCAUGGAAUCAACAGGUGGUGCAGUUCGCCGACAUGACCGGCAAUACCGGCAUGAAUUGGCAGGAUAUUCGAAGUUCGUCGAACUGUGUCAAGGGAGUGAUAAAGGACACGAAGGCGGCAUGGACGAUCGAUGAGCCUAUGCAGUACGCAUGCAGGUCUUGCGCAAACACGAACACGUUCUGUGUUGUCUGGAACAGCGUCCUGUCGAGCUUUGUCGUUCUCCCUCUCCCACGGGACGUGUCUGGAGACGGACCAGCGUUGUUCAUCAGUGGAUCAAAGAAGACUUUGAGCAGAAGUAGCAAAUCUUGGCCCCAGAAAUGAAGUCGAUCGAGUGAGGCUCGGCCAUCGGACAAGCAGAAAGAGAGGUCACGAAAUUGUUGAUAUGCGUAUAAGCUUACCUACUUUGAACAUAUCUAUUGGUAUGAAACUAUACAUGAGAUUCACAGAUGCAAGAGCGAGU